AACACACACGUAUAGAGAGAACAAAACAUAUAUACAAAUGGCAGAAACGGUUUGUUUGAAUGUAGGAGGAAAGAUUGCAGAAUUGUUGUUUAAGCCAAUUCAACGACAAUUUGGCUAUCUCUUCUGCUUCAACAAUAACAUUCAAGAGCUCCAAACUCGACUAGACCAACUAAAAGCAUUGAGAAACGAUGUACAAGCAAGGGAAGAUGCUGCAAAGAGGAUGCGCCAAACUCUCGGUGAAACAGCCGAGUUGUGGACUAAGGAUGCAAAUGGAAUAAUUGUAAAAGCAGAGAGUGUUCUCAAUGAUAAGGCCCAGCUUCUAAAAGGGUGCUUCUCAAUCAAAUGGUGUCCUAAUAUAAGCUUGCGCUUUUCAUUGGGCAGGAAGGGGAAGAAGUUAUCUCUCGUUCUCAUCGAGCUUCUUCAAUCCGGUGGUCAGUUGCCACACACAGGUCACGCCUUACCCAUGCCGUCCAUAAAUAUGCGCGAUUACAAUGGAGAUGCUCAAGAUUUCGACAGUCGAAGUCAGAUUAUGCAAGACAUCAUUCAUAUGUUAAGGGACGACAAUACAAUGUUAAUUGGGAUAUGCGGGAUGGGAGGCAUUGGAAAGACAACGUUCGCUAUGCAAGUUCUUCAAAAGGUAAAAGAUUUCCAUAAACAUUUAUUUGAAAUUCAAGUUAUUUCGUCUGUCUCGAGUAGUCCCAAUUUCAAUGUUAUCCAACAAAAAGUGGCAGAGAUGAUAGGAGAGUUUUCAGUUAAAGAAAUGGUGAAUGAGUUUGAAAGAGCGCAUUGUUUACGAAACGCUCUUAGUAACAAAAAAGUUGUUAUCUUGUUGGACGAUGUUUGGGAAGAGUUUGAUUUAAAUGCUUUUGGUUUUCCAUUAGCAAAAUCAGAUGCUGGGUGUUGCUGUAAAAUUAUUUACACAUCUAGAAAUAAAGAUUUGUGGUCAGGUGAACAGAACAUUACCAAACAAGAAAUCUCUCUUGAAAUAUUGUCAAGUGAAGAAGCCUCGAAUUUGUUUAAAAGAAAAGUGAAUAUGUCUGAUGAUGAUAUAGAAUUCCAUUGGAAGAAUGAAAUAGGAAGAAAAAUUGUGAAUGAAUGUACAGGACUGCCCCUCGCGCUUGAGGUCGUAGGAUGCGCUCUUGUAAAUAAGAGCAAAUACGCGUGGAACGAUAUGCUUUUCAAGUUGCAGCGUCAACAACUACAUAAUGACAAGAUAGACAAAGUCGUGCAGACGAGUUAUGACUUGUUAGAAGAUCCCAAUGCCAAAUGUUUGUUCUUGCUAUGUUGUUUAUUCCAAGAUGAUGAAGAGAUUCCUAUUGAGACGUUGUAUCGCUAUGCAGUGAGUUUGCAACUCUUCGAAGGUAUGAAUGAUUUAAAAUGUAUAAGUGAUCGUGUCUACACCUUAGUAGACGACCUAACAAGGAAACAUUUACUAAUAAAGGUUAAAGAAUAUGGAGUGAAGAUGCAUGAUGUGGUGAGAGACGUGGGAAUUUCAAUUGCAAAACAAGAACACAACGGUUUUAGUUUUCUAAAGUGUCAUGAUGAACAUGAACACGAGAACAUCCUUAUUCCACACACUAAGAUGAUUUCUAUAUUAUUCCAGAAGGAUUCAGAAGUCCCUAAUACUAUGGAGUUUCGAGGCUCAAAAUUGGAACUACUAAGAUUGGAUAGUUCACAAUUUUAUGCUAAAAUAUCAGGAAAUUUAUUUCAAGGUGCGAAUAAUCUCAAAGUUCUAGAUAUGGUCGGCGGCAUGAUUACUGAGUUUCCAUAUUCUUCUUCUUUUCCAUACUUAGCCAAGUUGAAGAUGUUAUCCUUAGAGGGAUUGACUUUGUAUAUGACAACCAAUGUAUCUUUCAUUGGACAUAUUAAUAGCUUGGAGAUUCUCAGCCUUCGAAAAUCCCACAUAAAAUCUUUGACAAACGAAAUAAGUAAGUUAACAAACUUAAGAUUGUUGGAUUUGUCUGGAUGCAAUUGUUUUAUAAACAAUGGUGUUUUAUCUAGGCUUACUAAUCUACAAGAAUUGUAUAUGUGGGGGAGUUUUAAGAAUUGGAGGCUACAAAAAGAAGACGUUCAUGGUGGAGACAAUAAUGCAGCAGCAGGACUAGAUGAAUUGAAUUGCUUACCUAAAUUGUGGAGAUUGGAAUUGGAAGUACCCAACAUAGAACAAGUGCCGAGAGGUGUUAGGCUAUUUUCUUCUUCAAAGUUAGAAGAAUUCAAGAUAAGAAUAGGAGGAGAAGAAAAUAUUAAAUUUGGAAGUGGAGAAAGACAACUGUUGUUGAAAAAUGUUGGAGACAAUAACAGUUUGUUACAUGAACUUGGCAUCUUAAUAGAAAAGGGCAUUACCAGUUUAUCUAUAAGCAAUGAUCUUGGCAUGUGGGAAAAAAUGCAUUUAAACAGUUUCCUAUCAUUGAGAAAAGUUUUCCUUAAACAUUGUGGAUCAAUUAUUACUCUUUUCCCACAGUUACAAUCAUCGCCGCAGAAUUCUGAAAUUGAAGAUAUCAAUGGACUUGGGCGCUAUUUGAAGCAUAUCGAAAUAUAUGAAUGCAAUCAAAUGAGGCACUUAUGUUCUACAACAAUAUCGAGGCAUCUCACAAAUCUUCAAGUUCUUAUUCUCCAAAAUUGUGAGAGGAUAGAAGAGGUUGUUAAUAUUUACAAUGAGGCGGAACAACUCAAGAAAAUUGAGUUCAAUGCUUUGGAAGAUAUUAAAUUUCUUAACUUGCCGAGGCUGGAAUGUUUUUGCAAAGGAAUAAACGAGAUUCAUUUCCAUAAAUUAAAGACAUUGAAGCUAGAAGGAUUGGAGCAAUUUAUCUUUCCGACUAAGUUGGAAAUACCUUGUUUGGAGGUGUUGAAUAUCUUAUCUAUUCCAAAUAUUGUAAAUUGUAACAUCGUGGCUCCAUCCCUAAAAGAGUUGUACAUUAAAAGAUGUCACAACUUGAGAUAUGUCUUCUCGACCAGAUUCUUGAUAAGUAUUUCUCGUCUCGAAAUUCUAACCAUUAGAGAAUGCAAAAUGUUGAAGGGAGUAAUAGGAGUAUCUACGAGUGUAGAAGAGCAGUGGGAAAAAUCAAUUGAAUUCUCUAGUUUGAUGAGAUUGCAUCUCAGAUUCUUAGACAAAUUCACAAGUUUUGUCAUCGACAACAACAAUUUGGACGACGAAGAGGAAAAGCCGCAGCAAAAAUCGCUAUUUUAUCAUGACGAGGUCUCAUUUCCUUGCUUAGAAAUGUUGUGUAUAGAAUCAUUGGCAAAUAUAAAUUAUAUAGUAGGAUGGAGAGAUGGACGUAAAAAAGAGCAUAGGCAUCUUCAUGAUUUUGACAAGAAUUUUUACUUUGAGUUGUACUUGUUUAAUUUAGGAAAUUUAAUACAUAUCUAUGAUAUCAACAAGCCAGGAGUUGCAAUGCUUUUAUUUCAAAACUUGACAGUCCUGAAAGUUGGUGGAUGUACGAAAUUGAGAUAUUUGUUUUCGGAGAAUAUAGGUAGAGUCGCUGGCAAGCACCUUGUGAAGCUAGGAAUCUCUAAUUGUCCAAUGAUGGAAGUGGUGAUGAAGAAAAAUGAUGAAUUAAUAGAGGAUGAUGAUGAUAAAUCUGGAGGAGGAAGUAGUUUUCUCGAAAAUAGUCAUUUCUUUCCACUCCUUGGGACAUUGAGACUCAGGAAGCUACCAACUUUGAGGAGCUUUAGUGAUGAUGUGUCUUAUACCUUGUCCCUUACCCUCACUCUUGAAGCUCUUGGUAUUAAGAUGCCCCAAGCUAGAGGCACUCUCUUCCGGCUAUUUGGAUUCUCCAAGGCUGCAUACUUUCAAUUGUAAUGGUGAUGAAUUAACACCGAAUACUUGGAAUGGUGAUAUUAACAACGAAUUGCGACAUUUAUUUUUCAAGACACAGAAAGAAGAACCAAUAGAGAGACCGGAGAAAAUGGAUGAAGAUGAUGAUGAAUUAGUGAAUUGGGUAAAUCACUCAAACAAAUUAAGAAGCAAUUAAUGGGAAAGUAUGUUCUGUUCUGAUUUG